AUGAGUAAAUCAACAAAAAACUCAAAGGCAAAUCCAGGUUCAAGUGCCAAUGCCAAUGCCAGCGCAAAACCAGCUGUUUCUCAAGUCAUCGGCGAUACUAAACCUUCUAAAUCUGUUAAAACUGCAGGUACUAAUGGUACAACUAAAGCAAACCCCAUUCCUCCCCCACAAUUGGAUCACGUUGAAGGUUUAAGCUCCCCCGAACUGUCGGCUGCAUCUCCCAAAUCAUCAAAGGGUGAAGAACCAUCUUUGGAACACAGAAUCUCAAUCAAAAGGUCCAGUCAAGAAUCAACUUUGAAUGACAUUGCCUCAGGAAAAUCAAAUGUUUCAGGUCAAUCUUCAUCAACUCAAGCAACAAAAGUUGGUAGUGCAUCUGAAACCAAGUCUUCCACCGCCACCACCACCAAUGAUGGAUUUGAAUACAAGUACACAGAGUUGUCGGAAAUUCCAAUUGGUGUUAAAAAAGUGACUGAUGGAUUCUUUUCUGGUAAAACCCACUCACUUCAAUUCCGUUUGAACCAAUUGAGAAAUCUUUAUUUUGCGAUUAAAGACCAUCAACAGGAGAUUUGUGAUGCUUUGGAACUUGAUUUUGCUAGAAACUCAUCCGAGACUAAGAAUUAUGAAAUUGCCACUGGAUUGAAUGAAUUAUUAUUCACCAUGACCCAAUUACACAAAUGGGCUAAACCGGAAAAGGUUACUGAUUUGCCAGUAAACUUGUUGACAAAUCCAGUUUAUAUUGAAAGAAUCCCCUUGGGUGUUGUUUUGGUUAUGUCUGCUUUCAACUAUCCAUUAUUUGUUUCUAUUUCGCCCAUUGUUGGUGCUAUAGCUGCAGGUAACACUGUUGUCUUCAAACCAUCCGAAUUGACUCCAAGGUUCUCCAAGUUGUUUGUUCAGUUGCUCACUGAAGCCUUGGAUCCGGAUAUCUUUUAUGCAGUCAAUGGAGCUAUCCCAGAAACAACUGAAGUUUUGAAUCAAAAAUUCGACAAAAUUGUUUAUACUGGUAACGGAAUGGUUGGUAGAAUUGUUGCCAAAAAGGCGGCCGAGAACUUGACACCAGUCGUUCUUGAAUUGGGUGGUAAGUCACCAGCCAUUAUCUUGGACGAUAUCAAGGAUAAAGAUUUGGCAACUGCAGCCCGCAGGAUUGCUUGGGGCCGUUUCGCCAAUGCCGGUCAAACUUGUAUUGGUGUUGAUUAUGUCUUGAUUGCUGAAUCUAAGCGUGCCAAGUUUGUUGCUGAGAUCAAAAAGGUGAUUGAAAAGGAACUUUACCCAGGUGUGAACAAAAAUGAUAAAAACUUCACUCACAUGAUUCAUGAUCGUGCCUUCAAUAGAAUGGUCAAGAUUAUAAAGGAAACAAAGGGAUCAAUUGUCACUGGUGGUGAAUAUGAUGCACAGACCAAAUAUGUUGCUCCAACAAUUAUUGACGAUGUUUCUUGGUCAGAUGCAUCAAUGGAAGGGGAAAUAUUCGGACCUAUUUUACCAAUCCUCACUUAUUCAAACAUCAACGAAGCUUGUAAGGAAAUCAUCAGACACCACGACACCCCGUUAGCAGCAUAUAUUUUUACCGGUGGAUACACGUCCGCUGGAAAGAAUCCACAAGUUGCUACCGUCAAAAAAUCUAUCCGUUCAGGUGGGUUAAUAGUCAAUGAUGUGUUAAUGCACAUCGCUUUGCACAAUGCACCAUUUGGAGGUGUCGGUGAGUCAGGAUAUGGCUCGUACCAUGGAAAAUUCUCGUACAGAACAUUCACUCACGAAAGGACGGUGAUUGAACAACCAUUGAACAAUGAUUGGAUGUUGCAAGCAAGGUACCCACCAUUUUCUGAUGCUAAAGACCGGUUAAUGUCUGCUGGUAUGGCACCAUAUGGAGGUAGAGUUUGGUUUGGAGAGCAAGGAAAUGUUAGAGUUGAUGGCCCUUCUGCCUUUUUCAAGACUUGGACCACUGCUGUAGGAUUAGUUGGUUUGGUUGGUGAGCUUAUUAGCUCUAAAUUGUAG